AAAAUUUGUACUACAAACCAAAGUUAUAAUUUCAACAAUGAUCACUUGUUUACUUAAACCCCUUAAAAGCUUCGUGUGCUAAUAUGGAGUUUUUAAACUCUGACAGCAAAACUUUACUUUGACUUUUGUUACUUUUGUGAAACGGCAGUUAGAUAUGCUCACCAACUUGUGUCAUAAAAAAGAAGUUACCGUCAAAAGUAAACUGAACAGCUCAAACGUCGAAAAUAUUAGCAUUUUCCAUUAUGCUUUUACCGUAAUUUGUGUCUUUUUUACUUUAAAGUUCGAAUUUCUUGCAUUCAUUUUCAUAAAAUGAAGCAAAAAGUCUAUUCACUGUCGCCGUCUUAACAACAGUUUAAACGUUUUUCCGUUCUCUGUCGGUUGUGUGUUUCUGUCCGUUAACCGUAGACAUGAAUUCGUAUCACGUUUUGGAGCUGGCCGGUGAGGGCUCGUUUGGCCGAGUUUACAAGGGAAGAAAAAGAUAUACUGGCCAAGUGGUGGCUCUGAAGUUCAUGCCGAAAGUGGGGCGAUCAGAAAGGGAGCUUCGAAGUCUGAAGAGGGAGAUUGAGAUAAUGAGAGACCUCAAACAUCCAAAUAUUGUCCAACUCUAUGACAGUUUUGAGACUGAAACUGAGGUUGUGGUUGUAACUGAGUUUGCAGAGGGCCAGCUGUUUCAGAUUCUUGAGGAUGAUGGACACUUACCAGAAAGCCAGGUGCGUGAGAUUGCCUGCCAGCUGGUCUCAGCUCUGUAUUAUUUACACUUCCAUCGUAUUCUUCAUCGUGACAUGAAACCACAGAACAUUCUGUUGGGGAAAAGUGGGAAGGUGAAACUGUGUGACUUUGGGUUUGCUCGGGCCAUGAGCGUCUCCACCUUGGUGCUGACUUCUAUCAAGGGAACCCCACUGUACAUGUCUCCUGAGCUGGUGGAGGAGAAGCCGUACGACCACACCGCUGAUCUCUGGUCUCUGGGCUGCAUCCUAUAUGAACUCCACACGGGGGCGCCUCCUUUCUACACUAACUCCAUCUUCCAAUUGGUGCAGCUUAUAGUCAAGGGCCCAGUCAAGUGGCCAGACAGUAUGAGCCCCAUGUGUAUGAAUUUCCUGAAAGGUUUGCUGACCAAAGACCCUCAGAAGCGGUUGUCAUGGCCAGAUCUCCUGCACCACCCUUUUGUUGCUGAUGGUGUUCUAGUGCUGACAGACACAACCUCUUACAUCCCUCUGACGGUCACACCCAGCCCAGACACGCUGGCGUUAAAACUUCAGCAAGUAGCAGAAAAGACGGUACCCAUCUUUGGAGAGGGCAGAUUGUUACGAAAGGUCCGGGAACAGACAGAGGCUGGUAACAGAGUAAAAUCAGCUACCAGUGACUCUGCAAAGAAAAAGAAGGAUGGAGUGAGAAAUGAAAGAGUUACCUCUGGGAUGGUACCAGCACCCCCUCGAGUCAAACCCCCAUCUUUUGAUGUCUCUGUUACCUCAAGUCACUCUUCAAAGACAGCUGCCAGUCAAAGCCUUGAUGCAAAGACUCAAGCCUGCAUGAGAUCCAGAACCAGGGGUCAGAUCAGCAGAGACUAUGAUCAGGAGUUCCCCUCUGUAGAGGUCGGGCCCCGGCUGGUGCGGAGAUGUAGUGAGGAUAUCGACAGUGAGGACUACUGGCAGAAACUGGCCCACGAAUCAGAUCCAAACAGGCAGCCGCAAGAAUUACUAAACCAUAGCGCAAUUAUACCUCAACUUAAAUCCAAGUUACAAGCAUUUAAAGCUCAGCUAACAAGUGGUGAUGUAAACGUAGCAUGGCAGAUUCAGCUACCACUGAGGGUUUUGUACAACAUGAUUUUGACCUCUGACCUUGAGAAAUUGAGCCAAAUCCACCGUGGACUUGGACUACCUCAUAUCCUAUUUGAUCUCAUCCAUGAUACAGUAGAAAACUUCACUUUCAACCGGCAUCCAGAGAGUGUGCCAGCACUUCCAGAGAUGAUUGUUGUGCUUGUCAUGUACUGGGAGAAGCACUGUGAUUGGGUGGAGGCAGAGCAAAGACUGGAGGAGUUCACCAAGCCCUUCAUUACAAUUCUAAGUCAACAAGACCUCAUACAUUUGGGACCACUGGCUGCAUCUGUUUUGUCUUUGUUUAUAAAACACAAUACUGAUGUCCAAAUCCAUAUGGAUGAUCUCUCCUCCUUGCUGAAAACAAUACUUUUGGACUCAUUUGAGUCUCAGUGUUCUGUUCCCUUUGGCUGGGGACUCUGUGACGGCCUCCUGUCUUUACUCCUGCACACACUCUCUGAGCGUGACAGUGUGUCCGUAUCGUCAGGUUUGGAUCCAGCACUGUUUCUGGAUCUGUUUAAGAGAAUCAGUACUUCACUGGAAGCGACGAAACCAGAUACAGACUUUUGUUCAGCAAAUGGGUUGUAUUCCUUUCUGUCAGCUGCACUGUUAGUCUUCACAAAGGACCCAUACUCGUGCAUCCCUCUGUUUUCUGACUGCCAAUCAAAAAGUGUUUUCACUCUUGGCCGCCUGCUGGGCACUGACUGUCCUCAUUUGUUUGCUGGAGGCAGUCCUGGGAGACGUGAGGCGGAUCUGAGUCACGACAGCCUGUCUGUGUUGAGCUGCCACUUGUUGUGUUUCCCAUUCGCCCUGGACCUGCCUUCACACAUCAUGUCCACCAUUAUCCAGCUGUACGACAGUUGUGGCAUUGUUACAAGCCUCCUGCAGGUAAUUCAACUUCUUCCCGCUCCACUAUUAGAGCUGCCUCUCUCCCUGCUGAGCCGUUUGCUCCUGUGUGACCCCAAGCGCUUUGUUUCUCGCCUCAAGGACAAUAGAUGUGGUUUUCUUGUGUCACCUGGUCAACUCACUGCAAUCAAAAGUCAGGCUCCACUUACCAGAACUGCCAGCUCCCUGCUCUCUGACUUUCUCCUGGUGAAGGAGCUGUGGGAUUCGGCAGUGGAGCUCCUGAAUUUGUUGUCCCAAGUAGCCCGAUUUUCCCCUCCACAUGCCUGUUUCCAGCUUCACCUGGAGACCUCAGUGCUGCACAGAGCACUGGCUCACUCUUAUUACCAGAUCAGGGCUGCCACAUGCAGACUUUUGGGAAAUCUGGAUCCAUUCAGUCCCACUACACCACAAACUUUAAAACCUGACAUCUUCAAAAGCAUGAUGGAUUGUCUUUGUGAUUCCUACAUGCCAGUCCGACGGGUGGCUUGCAGGGCAGUUGGGAACUGGCUGGGGUUCAUCGCAGCAAAGGAAGAGCUAAAACAAGGUAGGUCCAGUGGAAAGGACAGAGGCACAACAGGGUGGGGCGCAGAGGAGCGACAAAAUAAACACGCAUUUCCACACAGUAUGGCUGUGGGAGAUUUGGCUACUAUAGCAGAACUGGAAAUGGACAAGGAGGAGAUGAGCAGGUGGCUGGAAGAAGCCAGAAGAACCGUGGCCUUGUUGGCACCUCUGCUCUCCGACUGUGAUGCCCUCACGCGUCGUCACUGCUGUGCUGCACUGGGCAACCUGGUAUAUGUUGGAGGUGCUGUGUCCUUGUUGUUGAAGGAAGACGUGACAAACUUACUUCUAAAAGGUGCUUGUGCUGAUCCCAACAACGCAGUGAGACAAGCCGCUGUAGGAACUCUGUACCUGUACAGCCAGCAGGAUGCAAUACAUCAGGUCCUGAUCACCGUGAAUGCCAUCACAAAACUUCGUCAGGCUUCACAACAUGCUUCUCCUCAGUGUGACUAUCAGCGGCUCAUUGCACAGCUGACGGAGAGAUAGUCAGCGAUUCAAUGUCAUGUGGAAAAAAAUAAAUUUUCUUUACACUUACA